AUGAUCGCACACCCAACCACUACCGUGAACGACGUCAACCCCAUGGUUCCAACCACCAUGGGAGCCCUUCUGGCAGAAGAAUGGACGAUAGAUCCACAAUCGAUUCUUCCAUCCUUUUUCGAAAUGAUGAUGAUUGCCGAAGCUCGCCGAUCUGGACACGAAGCUUUGAAAUCAGGCUUUUCGUUCGUGGAAUCCAAACUGGACGAGUUUGUGAAUAAUGACGAUUCACCUGUUGCUGGUGCUGCCUCGAAUAGUGAUCUAUCCCCUACUACAACCGAAAAUGAUAACAAUAAUACCGAUGAAAAUCAGACAAGUCCAAGAAGAAGUCGCUGGUUUGAAUUCAAGAAAAAAGCUGCUCGGAUACUACUUUACAAGAUUCUCAAGCCAUGGAAUCCCGAGAUUCGGUGCCUAAUUAUUUAUCUAGUGCAACGAGGAUCCUUGUUAUCCUCCGACGCUGCUGCUUCGGAAACUAUUUAUGGAGGAAAGCGGGUCAAGUUGGAAACCAGAGCGACUGGAGCGAGUUUGGGUUAUAGCGAGAAACGACGCCUGACACCCAUGAGCAGGAAAGAUGGCAUACGGCUGGCAUUUCUGCUUUCCUUUAGUACGUAUUUUGAAGAACGGGUGGAUGGCUACUUUCAAUCGCCUACGUCGUCCGUUGAUGAUUCGGACACAAUAGUAUCAUCAUCAUCAUCAUCAUCAUCAUCAUCACCUUCCAGGAUACAGAAACUGAAAAAGAUGAUCAAGUUUUUGCAUCCAUUUAUGCAUAUAUCGAUUCAAGGGGUACAUUUAGUGGAACAAUGGAGAUUUCUCUUAGGGAGGUCGGUUUUCUUUGACCCCUACUCAAAAUUUCUGAACCUGGUGGUACGACGAGUGACAGAACAAGACCAGAUUCAAGACGAAAAGAAUAACAGCAGUAAAAAGAAGCAACAAAACAAGCUCCUUGAAUCGACACUGGACACGUCCAAGGCAAUUCUCAACAAUGCACUCUUCAAAAAGACCGUGGUAGGGGUACUGACAACGGCAUUAGCAAUCGGUUGGAUGGCCCGAGUCCGAAAGAUACGGCAACGGUUGCGACGACAAGUACUACCAAACCAACAACAGCAGCAGCAGCAGCAGCAGUCAGAAAAUAAUGAUUUCAUUCCACCUCCACCCGCACCGCUGGCGGCCAAGAAUCCCGACUUGUUGAGCCUUCCAGCUACCGUUUGUCCACUCUGUCGCCAGACGAGGAUCAAUCCAACUGCUACUACGGCGGGAUAUGUCUUUUGCCUCUUGUGCAUUACCUCACAUGUGCGAGAAAAUCCCAAAUGUCCCAUUACUGGAAGAGACUGCCCCGAAUCAGCUCUGGUGCGUCUUUACGAACCAAAUACUGGAUAA